UGCAAUGCCCUCCUCUGCCUCGGAUCCGCCCCGCUGCGCGCUAGCCGUGUCGCGAUCCUGCGCGGUCGCGGGCAGUUUGUGUGGACUUGACUUCACGUAGUGGAUGCACUUUGCGCCGGGCACCGGCCGAGCCCGGCCCCAGUCUCGUUCCCACCUUCCAGGGAGUCCCGGAUCGCUUGCCCGCCAGCCGCCGCCUCCCCCAGAUUUUCAGCUACUGAUGUUACAAACAGCAAAAUACUGGACAACAGAAUUGAGGAAAAGACUUAAGCCACAUUUUUCUUCAACUACUUUGAAAUAUGGAUCCUGAAACAAAGGAGCCACAGAUUAUCCAGGUGACACCUCUUCAGCAAAUGUUUGCCUCUUGUACUGGAGCUAUAUUGACAUCGCUAAUGGUCACACCCCUGGAUGUUGUUAAAAUUCGACUACAAGCACAAAGCAACCCAUUCUCCAAAGGAAAAUGUUUUGUAUAUAGUAAUGGACUUAUGGAUCAUGUGUGUCUUUGUGAAGAAAGCAAUAAAGUAUGGUAUAAGAAGCCAGGACGUUUCCAUGGAACAUUGGAUGCCUUUUUGAAAAUAAUUCGAAAUGAAGGCAUUAAAUCCCUGUGGAGUGGCCUUCCCCCUACCUUAGUGAUGGCAGUUCCUGCCACAGUUAUUUAUUUUACCUGCUAUGAUCAAUUAAGUGCUCAUCUGAGAUCUAAAUUAGGAGAAAACGAAAACCGCAUACCAAUCAUAGCUGGAAUUGUGGCCAGGUUUGGUGCAGUAACUGUGAUAAGUCCAUUAGAAUUAAUUAGAACUAAGAUGCAGUCUAAGAAGUUUUCCUACAAGGAGCUACAUCAAUUUGUCAGCAAGAAAGUAUCUGAAGAUGGUUGGAUUUCCCUUUGGAGGGGCUGGGCUCCUACUAUUCUUAGAGAUGUACCAUUCUCAGCACUGUACUGGUAUAACUAUGAAAUUUUAAAGAAGUGGUUGUUGAAAAAGUCUGGUUUAUAUGAACCAACAUUUAUGAUCAACUUUACUUCCGGGGCAUUGUCUGGUUCUAUUGCAGCUGUUGUUACUUUGCCAUUUGAUGUAGUAAAAACACAAAAGCAGACACAACUUUGGAUAUAUGAAAGUCAUAAAAAUCCUAUGUCAUCACGUUUGUCAACCUGGGUUAUACUGAAGAACAUUGUUGCUAAGAAUGGAUUUUCUGGAUUAUUUACAGGCCUGAUUCCUCGUUUGAUUAAAAUUGCUCCUGCUUGUGCUAUUAUGAUCAGUACAUAUGAAUAUGGAAAGAAGUUUUUCCAGAAUCAAAACGCUCAACAGCAAUACCAGUAAUGCUUUUUCAACUUGAGAUAAAUGUAGUCAAAAAUGAGAUAAAUUUAUUUUUUUCACCAUUAUCUUAUAAUGAUUUUGUAUCAUUUUAUAGUUCACUUCUCUAUAAUUUAAGUGAACAGUAAUUUCUACAUGCAUCUAUGACAUAAUCCUAAUUUUCAAAGUAAGUUACUAUUCUAAUUUUUGAGGUAAUAAAAAAGGUGUUUUGGAAAUCACAAGCACUAAAAAAAUAUUAUUCCUUAGCUGCAGAACCAGCAAUCUCUGGGAGUUUAAUAUUGUAGGUUUUGAAAUAACAAAUUUAUUGGCAGUAUGUUUAAUAAAUCAACAAAUUCAAAAAUGUGUGCUGACCAACAGUAUCUUGAAGAAAAAAGCCCGUCUUUUAUGCACAUUUAAAUCAUGUAAUAAUCAUUUCAUAAAGUAGGUAAUAGAAGACAGUCUUUAACAUUCACAUUUAUCAGAUAUUACCUAUUAGAUUUUUUCUUUAAUUCAUUUGAAUCCAUUUUUUUAAAUCUUCAUGUUUUUACCCCAUUACUGUUUUAUGUAUUAGGGUUUUUCUUAAUUUUCUCUUUCCGAACCACAUACAGUCAUUGUUGUGAUAUAAUUGCUGCUAUUUUUGAUAAAUAAAAAUCUUGUAUUAUCUACCGUUUCUUCAAGAGAGAGAAUUUCAACUGAUUUUAUUAAAUGUUCACUUCUGUAAAAUUUAGCACCAGAAAAAAAGUUACAUUUAUUUGUAAAAAUGUGUUGGCACAAGAAGAGCCUUUGGUUUCAGUCAUCUUAUAUUUAAAGUCAUCAUUAUUUCUGACAUUAGCUAGAAUCUAGCUUCAUGAGCUAUGGGUCACAUCCCAAAAAAAAUGUUAGCAACAGCAAACAAAGUUUUGAAUACUCAGUAUUCAGUCAUAAGAAAUCCAAAGUGUUUGGGACAACACUCAUCUGUGUUGCAUUUCUCCUGCAAGGCUGCAAGGCAAAUGGCAAGUGAAAGAAAGCUGUCCUCUAGGUCACCUGUUUCAGUCUUUCACACCUGUAGGCCAGCACCUGCCGUCUAACCUCCACAGCAGGCGGCAGUUGGUAAGGUCUGUGUAGACAAGUCCAUCUCCACCACUGCACGCAGCCACCUUCUAGAUCAGUUCUAUUGCUUGUUCUAACAAAACUGAAAUUAAAAUACUUCACCAUUCACAAAAUAUUUCCAAAAUGUUCCUUGAUUUUUUCAUUUCUCACAUUAGUAUGCUAAUUUAAGGGACUAAACAGCAGUUUCCUUGUGGAAAUAACAAUGUACAAAAAUAAUAAUAAUGACUAUAGAUUCUAACCUAAAUAAAAUGGCAUUAAAUAAAAAUGGCACAAUGGCAUGAUAAAUAAUUUUAAUAUUAGUUUUUCAGAAUCUAUAUCCUAUAAGAAAAAGCACUUUAUUGCAGUAAAUGUGUAUUUAAUGAAAAUGUAAAGCAUUUCUUCUGCUAAAAUAAAGUGUUAUGUGUAAGCAACAAACUUCUCUAGUAGUAUUUUAUAUAAUAGUUGAAAAGUGCUUUAUAUGUUUCACCAGAAAUAAACUACAUAGGAUAGCAUG